AUGGAAGACUUUGAUGAUUUGAUGGACCAAGUUAUUCACUUGGAACGUAAUUUAUAUGAAAAUGCCAAGGAAUUAGGAAAGAAUCAUGGAGAACAAGCAGCAAGAGAUGAAGGGUUUGAAUUUGGAGUUGGUUAUGGAAGAAAGGCUGGUUUGGAAAUUGGAGAAGUUAUCGGAUUGUGUAUUUACAUUAAAUCACAUAUUACUGAUGUUGAUGAAAAGACAAAGGAGAGAAUUAUUCAUACAAUUCAACAAAUAGAAAAGAUUAUUACUUUGGAUAUUAAUUGGUCAAAUCCAUCAAAAAAUGAUUUGGAAGAAAUUGUAGAAAAUUUAAGAAAUAAGAAAAAGUUACUUGAAAUUAGAUCUAAACAAGUUAUUGGAAAAGUAAUUGUUACACAAAAGCAAGAUUAUUCAUUUUAAUCAUCAUGUGUUAAUGAUACAUCGUUUGGAGGAUAAUCAGUAUAUGGAGUAUUUGAUUCAGUUGGUUCCUUAUUUAAUAACAAGUGAUAAUCAUAAGUAUCAUUUCCAAAUCUAAGAAGUUUUUUCAGUGUUGUUAAUUGAUAAACUGAGCAUGAUAAGAAUGGAACACAACAAAAUACUGUAGCCAAUGAAGAUAAAACAAUACUGAUAAUAUAUGCAUAUUUCUUUACACUUGAUUCGUGUGUUUCAUCAGGUGUGUUAAAGUUUGGAUUUGAGACAAGAGAUCCAAUGGUUAAUCCUAUAUUUUUCAUUAUCUAUAUAUCAAUUUGAUUUCCAAUCAAUAAAAACUCACCAAUUCUAU